AUGAUGAAUAACACACCUUCAUCGGAUUUUAAUUUUACAAACAUGAUGAUGAGAAAUGAAUCACCAACAAGUGAUUUUCUUCAACAGGAUGAAACACCAUCCACAACGUCCUCUUUUUUACAUAAUCAUCACCAACAGCAUCAUCAACAACAACAAGAUGAUCGAAGCGAGCAGAACUUCCUUGAAGAUGAUGGUGGUUCUCAUAUUCAUUCUCAUCACCCUUCUAACGAAAAUUCUGACGAUGACAGCAAUUUUGAUUUUGAUGAUGAAAUGAGUGAAGAAGCCAAAGCCAAACUGAUUCAAAAACACAAGGAAAUGAAAGUAAAGAGAGGCAGAAAGAUCAAGUAUGAAAACUCUAUUUGCUUGGAAUGUGAAGAAGAUGGACAUAAAUCGCAGGGAGGAAUUUGGUGUUAUGAAGUCGAUCACCACAAAAACAACAAGAGAGCUCCAAAGUAUGUGAAUUGUGAUGAAUGUCACAAAUUAGUCUCAGGACCCAAGUAUACCCGUCAUCUCAAUAAGUGUGCACCGUCAGGAGCAAGUACUGCCACUUCCAACACAAACCAAACAUCAACGACUCUUUCCUCGCCUGGAGUAAAACAAGGCAUGACCAAUAACGUGAUUCCUGUCUCAGGUGCUGUUGUCAGUUUGGCCUAUGAUGGUGGUACAAUUUCUUCUAAUUCCAAUCCUCACUCCAAUAGCAAUGGCGACAGCAACGCGAUAGAGAAUCAGUCCAACUCCUCAUCUCUAACCAUGAGCAGUUUAAAUAACCAGACAUCUCCUCGUGUCAUUAUUGGUAGUCAGCCAGUCAAUCAACUCCAUCAAAAUCAAAUGCCAAACAAUCAAAACAACAACAACGCUACAGCAGGCAUGAUGAACGCAUCUGCUCCAACUUUUGUCAUUAUGCCGAACCCUGCUUCCAACUCCAAUAACAACAAUGCCUUCAUUCAACAAUUACAACAAGGAAGCAAUGCCAAUUUCAUGCUAAAUAAUACCAAUAAUAAUUUGAUGGCCAUGAUUAACGGAAUUGGUUUACAACAACAAUCACCACAUUCACCUAAGAGUCCAGGAGGAUCCAGUACCUCUUUACCUACCAUAGUACUAUCACAGCAACACAAUUCUACUCUUCAACAACAGCAACAACUCAUCAAUGCGAUGAAUAGGUUGAGUCCACAAAAUAAUUAUCCAUCAUCCCCGAAUCAACUUGUACAAAUAGCUCCAGGAACGUUCGGAAUGCAGCCAAUGAACACACCGAAUUACAUCAUUAACAAUCACAAUGGUUCUAACCCUGUUCAGUCUCCACAACAUAUCAUUAUAACAAGUCCAAACAAUACCAGCUCAUCGCCUGGAUCAAGGCCGCUCGAUAACAAUGCUGCCAAUCAAGCAAGAGCCAUGACAAGACUCUCCCCAUCACUUCUUGUUUCUGCCCCAGUGUCUCCAGGACAGCAACAGCAAUUCACAAAAAUUAUUAUUCCUAAUGCUCCUACCUCUCCUCAUCAGCAACAACCACAAGGAAUUUUCCAACAAUUCUUACCAAUGGAACAACAGCAAAAUUUCUUGACAACCUCUUCGUUUACUACAAACACUGCUCGUCUUUCUCCAUCUUAUCAACAAGCUCUUUCUCCAAAUCAAGCUUCCUGGUCUGGAUAUGAUUCCUCACCUGGACUUUCUCCUGGAGGUCAAUCCAACCAAAAUAGCGCUGCACAAAAGAAAAGAAAAAGAAACACCUCAAACGCAGGAUCUAGUCAACCAUCGGGCUCUAAUGCUCCUUCUGAAGGAGACUAUGUUGAGAUUAGAGACGAUUUACUGAAAAAAAUUAAUGACGAGAACGAUGACAAUGUUUAUUCACUACGACUUUAUAACGAAACAACCAAGCAAUAUACUGUAUUGAUGUCAACAGUGCAUAAACCAGUCAAACAACUUUGCUCGAGCAAGAAGAGAAAGAAGCUCAACCAAAUUUUAGCUCCUGUUCUUGCAAAGUUUGGAGUGGACGCUGAAACAUUGGUUCAAAUUAAGGAAGUAAGAUCAUUAAUUAAGAAUAACAAGAAGCCAUCCUCAUUCGCAAACACAAAUGACAACGACUCUGAAGAUUCUGAUGAUCAACAAGCUCAUAAUAUUCCAAUUCAUCACCAACAACAACAACAAAUGCUUUCACAAAUUGUACAGCCUCAACAAACAAUGAUGGGAAUGUUGAAUGAUCUAGGACCAACGGAUAUUCCUCAAUUACCUUCUGACAAAGACUUUCCCUAUGACGUUCCAGAUUUUAACCUCCAACACAAUUUUUUGAACACCCUUUCCGAUCCUCAACAGCAACAACCUCCCAACAAUGAAUAA